GCUGACGCCCCCAUUUGUGAAGUGAGAAACUUGAGUUACAGUGACAGCCACCGAACGAGAAAUUUUAGAUCUGCCCGGAGACUGAAUCCGAGCUGCUUCGGAACUGUUGGAGGCUGAACUCGACCGAAGUGGAGCCGGCGGUCGAAGGUCCCGUUCGAGGAGGAGAUGGUGGCGGCGGCGGGCAAGAGGAAGAUGGAGUGGGCGGCGAGAGGGACCCACCUAGGCGGCGUCCCGAGAAAGGCCGUGAUCGCGGCUGUUGGGGCCUUCGCGAAGGUAGUGGCAUCGCUUCUCAACUCCACGUCCGUCCACAACGCCGACACCCUCCUCCGCCUCGUCCGCUUCCGCUCUCCCGGCGUCCCCCUCAUUACCGUCAGCAACCACAUGUCCACGUUAGACGAUCCUGUAAUGUGGGGAUUCGAGGGAUUCCCUGCCACGGAUGCACAACUAGCCAGAUGGGUACUCGCAGCUGAAGAUAUAUGCUUCAAAAACUCGGUGCUGUCGUAUUUUUUUCGACUCGGAAAAUGCAUACCUAUCACAAGAGGCGGUGGAAUUUAUCAAGAACACAUGAAUGAAGCUCUUGAGCGUUUACGUGAUGGAGAAUGGUUGCACACGUUUCCAGAAGGAAAAGUGUGCCAAGAGGAUGCUCCUAUCAGAAGGUUAAAGUGGGGAACUGCUAGUCUCAUCGACCGUGCCCCUGUCACCCCAAUAGUCUUACCCAUCGUGCAUCGUGGGUUUGAAGAGGUAAUGCCCGAAAAUUUUUUCCGAGGAAAAAGGCCCCCUGUUCCUCUAUGGAAUAAGAGGAUAAAUAUAGUUGUAGGUGAGCCCAUAGAGUUUAAUCUUACUGAAAUGAGAGAGAAGGCAAUUUCUACUUCGCAUGAUCUAGCAUCGGCUCCCACUAUGGGCUGGCCAACUAGUACUCACGGGCUUGACGAGGCAGCACAGAAAUGCCUCUAUAAUGCUAUAUCAGGACGCAUCCAAUCUACUAUGGAGAGCUUAAGGAAUUUCAGUAAAACAUUCCUUAAGCCAAAAUCCUGAAAGCAAUGCCUCCUUGAGAAGUUAGGUAUAUUCACAACGAUGUUCAAUCAUAAGGAAAUUCUUUUGGCAGCGGGAGUACUUUUCUUGAAGUCGAGAAGAGGUUCGCUAGAUUUUUUUCCAGUUGAAAUUCAAUUUUGGGUAAUUUAUUUGUGCAAUUGUUUGCUAAUUGGGCAAACACGAUUCUUACGUAAGUCUUCUAGGAUUUUUGUUUCAAUCAUAGGAUUCUAUGAGCAAAAAAUGUGUAAUUCUUUUAUGAUAUGUAAAGCAUAUCAGUGACCUUAAUUUCAGAUAAUUGAAUAAGGAAAGUCUAUCAUCGAAUAUAA